AUGCGCCAGCCACAUCUGCAAGUUUCGUCUACCCGGAAGUGCUGGAAAACGUUCUCUAGGAACGGCGUCGCGAUGUGCGGGGACUGCGUGGAGAAGGAAUAUCCCAACCGGGGUAAUACAUGUUUGGAGAAUGGCUCUUUCUUGCUGAACUUUACUGGCUGUGCAGUGUGCAAUAAACGGGAUUUUAUGAUGAUCACAAAUAAAUCCUUCAAAGAGGAAGAUGGAGAAGAAAUAGUUACCUAUGAUCAUCUGUGUAAGAAUUGUCAUCAUGUUGUUGCCAGGCACGAGUAUACAUUCAGUAUCAUGGAUGAAUUUCAGGAGUAUACCAUGCUGUGUCUGUUAUGUGGCAAAGCCGAAGAUUCUAUCAGUAUUCUCCCUGAUGACCCCCGGCAGAUGACUCUCUUGUUCUAA